AUGUCGUCGAGGAACAACCACGUCGGGGACACGACCGCCCAGUCCUACGAUGACGCCGAGAAGGGUAUCUACGAAGCCUCCCAACAGUCUUUACCGGUCCUCCCUACCCCACCAUCACCAGUUUACUCUGUUGAUGAGAAAGCCAUAAUCCAGCAGGUCGAGACAGUUCAGCCAACACCGGUAACAUCUCCCAUUCAUGAGGGUAUCACACCAUCCUCCUCCACACCAGUCCUCACUCUUGCCUCGCGCAACUCACCGCCCUCUCCCGCCAGCGAUGAUCUCAAGAAGCCGCAUGGCAAGCCACCAGCGAAGCCAAAGAGAAAAGUCAGCCGAUGGAUUCUGUUUCAACUGUGGUACAACACCUACCGCAAGUUCUUCACCAUUGUGGUGACUCUUAACCUGAUCGGUAUCUUGAUGGCUGCUAUCGGGAAGUUCGAAUACGCCACAAACCACCUGGGCGCGUUGGUGUUGGGUAACCUGCUGAUGGCCAUCCUGAUGAGAAAUGAACUGUUCCUCCGGUUCCUGUACAUCAUCUCUAUUUACGGGCUCAAGAGUUGGGCCCCCAUUUGGCUCAAGCUCGCUGUAACUUCGAUCUUGCAGCACGUUGGUGGCAUUCACUCCGGAUGUGCCCUGUCUGGAGCAUGCUGGCUUCUCUACAAGAUCGUCGACAUCCUCAUUCACCAUGCCAAGCAACACCCUUCCGUGAUCGCCACUGGUAUCAUCACCAAUGUGCUGGUUGUGAUCAGUAUCUUGAGCGCGUUUCCUUGGGUCAGGAACAACCACCACAACGUGUUCGAGGGACAUCAUAGGUUGAUUGGUUGGAUGGGUUUGGCAACUACCUGGAUCUUCGUCGUCCUCGGCAAUGCCUACGACUUGAAGCUUGGAGAGUGGAGGCUGGAUGCGCACUCUUUGAUCUCCACACAGGAGCUUUGGUUUGCGGUCUUCAUGACAGUCUUGUAUGCUUACCACCUCCCCCUUUAUCUUUGUGUGCCGGUCGAGCUAACACAUGGCUACAGUGUUCUCAUCCCAUGGGUCACCCUUCGCGAAGUUCCGGUCGAGGUCGAGAUUCCAUCACCAAAGGUGGCCAUUCUCAAGUUCCAGCGCGGUAUGCAGCAGGGUCUGUUGGCUAGAAUCAGCAGGACGUCCAUCAUGGAGUACCAUGCUUUUGGCAUCAUUAGUGAGGGGAGAAAGAGCGGGUGUCAUUAUCUCAUCUGCGGCGUUCAGGGCGACUUCACCAAGUCCCUUGUUGACAACCCGCCCAAGACAGUGUGGACCCGUGAACUCAAGUUUGGUAUGUUCCCCUUUGCUCUCUUUACAUUACGUUGGCGAAGACUAACAAGGAACAGCUGGUGUUGGACACGCCUCGGCCAUGUUCAAGCGCGGCAUCAGAGUUUGCACCGGUACUGGCAUUGGCGCCGCUCUCUCAACAUGCAUCCAGAGCCCCAACUGGUUCCUCAUCUGGAUUGGCUCGGAUCAGGAGAAGACCUUCGGCCCAACAAUCUCACGGUUGAUCCACGACAACAUCGAGCCGGAGAGGAUGAUCUUGUUAUCUUCAUCACCUCGAACAAGGCGGGUAACGAUGAGAUGAUGCAAGGGUGCUUGGAGGCCGGACUCCACGCCUUCGGAACGCUUUGGGAUUUCUAA